AUGUACCUGAAGGGGCUAGUCAACACUGGAUUCAAGACGGUCUUUACUUGGGUGUCAUGCAACGGCGUCACAUCGCGCACGUACAGGAGAGGCAUGCGCGGGGAUGUGUGCAGUCAUGCCGUGGGGGAGCUUUUUGUGCAGCUGUACAUGGAGGAAGUGGAGGUGCCGCCCCAGCCCAUUGCGCGUGUAGACGACGACGGCUGCAUGCUGUUUCCAUCGGAGGACGAGGUCAGAACGGAGCUGGCGAAGCUAUCCCGCGAUAGGAACAGCAUGGAGGUGGAUGGGGUCCUUCUGGCAUCCGCCGUGAUGAGUAUCGCAUCCGCGCUUGGGUUCACCCAGGAUCAGCUGGAAGCCGCGUGUGCCCAUGAGUUGGGUACGCAUGGGACGCGACUCCUCAGGCGGUCAAGCACUGUCAACAGGCAGCGGGAGCGUGAGGCGGCAUCGAGGUCGCUGACCAGACUCCUACACAACUCCCCCGCACCACUACCUCACUCCGGGUUUACCAGCGUCAAUUUCCCGACUACAGAGGGAGCUACAGACGAUCAUAAAAGGGGCAACGUCUCUAACACUGCCAAUCCGAAGACACCAGACGCCACGCCCGUGAAGUGUCAUGGCGCCGGCGGACGCAUGCCAAUGACGAGGGCCACCAAGGUGAAGGCAAGCGGGACAGGGGGGGUGGUGAAACGUGGUGGAACGAGCGAGUACACCGGGGUAUGGUUCGAUCACCGAGUGCGAAAGUGGUGCGUCAAAAUCAUUGCAGACCCGUCUACUGGGAAGCAGGUACGCCUGGGAGCGUACAUGAAGGAGGAGGACGCGGCGUACGCGUACGCCGCUGGUGCGUUUGUGAUCAGGCAGAAGGACCACUUCCCUAAGGUGAUGUCAUUGUCAGAUGCGGAGAUGGCUGCACUGGAGGGGGCCAUCGUGGAUGACGUGAGGCAUCUUGUACAGAAGCGCCAAUGGUACAGAUGGAGGGAGUGGCGUAAAGCCAUGGACGACAUUGGUGUACUGCCAGGAACACCCUUCAAGCCGGAGCCAGGUGCGGAGUCGCCUCCACCGAAAGCAGAGGCAGCUGAUAGCGAUAUACGAGAUGCUGAAGCAGAUGAGGAUCUGGUGAGCGAGGAUGACAAUGGGGAGCAUGACACGUCCACACCCCCGCCCGAAUCGAGAGAUGAUCGGGACGGCGAGAGCUCUUCGUCGCGCGAAACGACAUCGAAUCGCCGCAAGGCUGGGACGGCGAGGUCGCAGGAGGAUGCGCGCACCGCGCGGACGGGAAAGAGGCGCAGGGCGUCAGGACCGGAAGCCCAGGAAAGCAAUGAAGAACAACCUGCGCCGGGCCCGGGCCCCGUGUCGUCGAACGACGAUCCGAACGAAGCCCUUCCUAGGGUCAAUCCGCGCGUCGACGGCGACGAGGAGGCAACUGAGGAGGAAGCCUCCGAUUCCGCGCCCGUGACAAGGGCAGAGAUGAUUGCGAUCCGCAAGAUGCAGAUGGACACGGCAGCCACAAUGGCGCGCCUGGAGACGGCGCUGCUGGCGUCGCUGGCCAACCACCAGGCAAAGAAGCGCAAACGUGACAACGCAAGAGGCGAGUGCGACAGGGUCAACCCACGUAAGGCUCGGCGCGUUGCGAGUCCCGAGCCGUCUGUGGAUGAGGACGAGGUGGAGGACGAGGAAAUUUGCGAGCAGCUGCGUGUGCAUCUCUUCAUCGACGCUCCGGACGCGCUGAUGUCGUUCUACCCCAGUAGCGCGGCGAAGAGUGCCGGGCUGUGCGCGGUUAUUGAGCGGCUGACUCCCACCUUUGCAAGCCUCACGAUGGCUGCGGAUAAAGCGCGACGCGCAGACCUGAACCGUACGCUGAGCGAUUGGAAGACGGCUGCCGCGGGGCGAGUGAGGGACAUCGCGCUGCCGAAGCUGGGACUUUUCCGCGACGAGAGGGACGCGCGCAGCCCGUGGGCUGCCCCAAAGGCUCGCUCGGCUGCGAGAGUCCAGGAGCGCCUUCUUCUGACGCUCGAUGGGGAGGGUAAGGCAGUCACGAGAUGGUUGGUGACCGACGCGAUCCGCUUCUGGGACACCCGCAAGGGCAAGCUCUCGAACUCUGCGGGUGUCAACGCGCAGAUCGUGGACGGCCUCCGCGAGUGCGCGCUCCUGGACGUCAUGGCUGCCAUCGAGCAGUAUCAGCCGCAGUACGACCCCACGACGUCAUCGUGGGCCUGGGGCCGCCAUGGGCUGCGCCUGUCUGCGUGCGGUGUUCAGCGGCAAGAGAGCGCCGGGCAGGCACCCAGCAAUCCGUAUGGCGAAGAGCUCAGCACCUCCGAUGGCUACUUGCUACCAUUGUCGCUGCGUCGGAACGACAACAGUAGUAGCACGACCGUUGCCACUUGUAGUAACAGUCCGUUGUCAGCUCCUCCCGCGCUCACCGACCCGGCCUACAAUCACCUCAUCGCCUCCGUCUGUUCGCGCUGGCGUCGCCUGGCUCGCCGGCAGGUGUCCAUGCUCCUCGUGAAGAAGAACCGCGUCGUCCCGCUCGCAGAUCUCACCGCGGCCAUCGCGUGCUUCCCUCACCUCUCGCACGUGCAUCUGAGCGACAACAGCGUCGAAACCAUCGACGACGCCUUCCUCGCUCACCUCGCUGCUUCGUGUCCCAAGCACGUGUCGCUGCACGUGGGCAAGGGAAUGACGAAGCAGUGGUGUCGGGUGGGCGGGGAAGGCUUUCCGGUGACCGCAGCUGGUGUGGACCGUUUCGUGCGUCGCUGCACGCAGCUGCACCACCUCUCGCUCUACUGCCCGCAUCCGUAUGAGUACCUCCCGCCGUCCCUCGCCAACCUCGCGCACCUGCACACCCUCGGCCUCACCCACAUCCCAAAAUGUGAAGGGGUGGGGUGGCAUGUUUUUUAG